AUGGCCAAUGCUGGAAUCACAAAAUCACAAAAGCCUAAACGGAAGGGUCGAUCUCGGCCUCUACCACCUGAUGUUACGGCUCGGAACUUGGCAAUCGAGAAACAGCGUCGUGGUGAAAUGAACGAAAACUUUGUGGAAUUGGCGCGUAUGCUUCCCAACAUUGCCACCGCACGACGUCUCACAAAAGUGCUCAUCGUCAGCAAGACUAUCGAGCACGUGCGACAACAACGUGAACUUUGUUUGGCAGCAGAUAGGGAUAUGCAAGAGUUACUUGCAGAGAAUAGUCGUUUAAUAUCAGAAGUCAAUUGCUUGCGUGCUCAAGUAGGAGGACCAGCAACGUCCGUGGUUCAGCCCAAGCCUCCAACAGAAGCCAUGAAGCAAUUGGCAGAGACAAAGAACCAUGUCUUUGGGACAUUUUCAGCUGGUUUUGGUGAUAAAUGGGUCGAGAAAGUUUCCCAAGCUCAUAAUGAGACCGCAACGAGGAGCAAGGUGUAUGAUGUUCCUGUGCGCGACCUUGACCGAACCUCUGUUCAGCAAACUGCUUCCAUUAUUUCACCAACGAAUAUCCAGCCCAGAAGCGAGCCUCGAUACAACAAACGAAGCACCACUCUUGACGUCUUUUAA